UACAAACAAAAAGGUAUAUCACUUUCCACACCAAGAUCUCGAACAAGGUAAAGAUGGCUUGGUUUGCUAGAAUCAUGGUGCUGGUAAUAUAUGCCUCAGUUACUUGUAAAUCUGGCCUUUCAGGACGCGUUGGAAAAUUUCAGAUAGCAGACAACAGUGUGAAAGGAGAAGGGACAUAUUCCCUUAAUAACAGUACAGCUGAGAUCAACCUUCAUUUGUUGAUUGGAAAUACCUUAAAACAAGAACAACAACAAAUGAAAAUCCCCGUUAUGAAACCCACUGAAAGCACUAAGCAAACAGGAAGAGAGUCGGGCACAGCCAACCAACCUCCACCUGGACCCGCUAUUCAAACAACCAGCUCAUCAAAGGAUGGAAACAACCCACAAGAAAGACCGCUUAAACCUCUGCAGCCAGAACAAGAGCUUAGUGACGAGGACAUGGCCUUUGCUUACGAUGGUCUACGUGGGCAUAAUAAGUUUCGAAAAGUGCACAAUUCAAAGUUAUUGAAGCUUGACAAGAAAAUGACCGCAGACGCUCAGAACUUUGCGAGACAAUUGGCUAAACUUGGUACCCUUAAACACUCUGCACGUGACUCUCGACAAGGUCAAGGGGAAAACCUAGCCAUGGGUUGUUCUAGUGGAGAUGUUACGAUGUCCGCUGAGACAGCAACAAAACAAUGGUAUGACGAAGUAUGUAAAUACGACUUUGGAAACAAGUCGUUCCAAAAGCCAUGUGGUCAUUUCAGUCAAGUUGUGUGGAAGGCUUCAGACAGGAUCGGUAUUGGUCAAGCUAAAGGAACUAAAUGGGGCAUGAACUGUACUUUUAUCGUGGCCCGAUACGCACCAUUAGGAAACAUAGCCAACCUUACCGGAGAUAAUGUAGAGAAAGGUUCAUUUGAUCAGUCUUAUUGCAACACUGUAACACGUGCCAGUCUUGAGAAAAAUAGUGGCCCUCAAACACAAGAUGAGAACGAAGAGAAUCCUGGAUAUUAUCCUAACUACGGUCUAAACGAAGGAUUCUUAAACGACGAGGGAGAAGGAUCCAAGUUGGUUGGAUUCAGAGAGAAAAUACCAAGAGCUAAUUUCAAGAUUGAAGUCUUGUAAGCGCAAACGCGCUAUUCCCUUGCAUGAUUAAUAUCCUUGUUGUAAUCUACCACGUGACUGAGAUCAAGCAUUAA